CUGCAGCAGAGGUGAUCAUUAUCACAGUACACGGUCGGGUGGCGGGAACGCGGGUACCCGACGACGCGCCGUCGACUGUGGCGGCGACGGCGGUACCGACUGCAGUUCACACGGUUCAAUCGGACCGUACGUUCUACGGUCGUCAUGGCUGCCAAUGCGGCGUAUCUGGUCGUUCGCGCUCGCAUUAUUUUCGGCUUCGCACAGCAUCGCCGGGACGUGACUGGCGGCGGGAUCACGAGAAUAUGCCGGACGUUCGACGUAACUCAGCGAUGUCGCCGUCAUCAUUCCAAAAGAUGGUCUAGCUCAAUGUCUACGUUUACGGCUGAUGGUAGUGAACAGAAACAAACAAUAAUUAAAUCUUCGUACGAUGAAUCAGAGAUCCACAUUGAGCUAAGACGAGGAUUGCCUACAGUCACAGUUCCUCUGCCGUCUAGGCGCGAGCUUUGCCAGUUCACCUUGCGGCCAGUAACGAACACAGUCGGUGAUUUUACCAAUAUGCUAAGAACCGAGGACCCGGGUAUCGACCGCGUGGUCGUAUCCAGCUCCGACGGUGUGCGCAUCGCGUCUUCCAAUACAAUUGAAUCGCUCAUGGAAGAAGACUUCCGGUUAACCAUCAACGACCGAAUUUUCACGGUCAAAGUGCCGCCGCACAAGAAACUCACAAAGGAAGAUAUGGAACGGCUUUCUGGUGUCAGAACUCUAGUUAGUCAAUUGUACGAAUCGUUGAACGUUGAAGAACAUCAAAUAAAACAAGAAAGGGAGCUUUUGGCCAAAUUGGAAGAACUUAAAGUCAAAUUGGAACCCCUGGAAAAGAAACGACAAUCCAUUGACUUGGUGGCCAGCAGACAGACAUCGGUACUCACUUGGGUCGGCCUAGGACUUAUGUCGGUGCAGUUUGGUAUUUUGGCUCGGCUCACUUGGUGGGAAUAUUCAUGGGACAUAAUGGAGCCGGUCACAUACUUCGUCACCUACGGCACUGCCAUGGCGGUCUAUGCUUACUAUGUACUCACCAAACAGGAGUACCUGAUGCCGGACGUUCGUGAUCGCCAGUAUCUGAUAACAAUGCACAAGAAAGCACGGAAAUCCGGUCUGGACUUGCACAUGUACAACCAGCUCAAGGACCAGAUGUCCUGCGUGCAGACUGAUCUGGCGCGACUCAAGGACCCACUCAUCCCACCGCACAGGUCUCAGGUGCUGUUCGAUCCACUAGCCGGCUCCGAUUCUUUGGGAGCGGAACCCCAGGGACUAUGGUCAGAACUGAUGGCUCGGCUUAAGUCCUUACGGGACGUCGUCAGAAGCGGCGGUGGUAAGAAGACCACGACCAACAGGAUUUGAGGCGCUCGGGCGAUCGUAAAAUGACGCGCAGUAUUAAUAACAAUGCAGUAUAUACGAUAUCAUCGUAUUUUGAUGUUAUUGUUUUUUUUUUUCUUUUUCGUUUUAUAAUUUAUUUUAGUCGUAUUUCGUGUAUACAUGUUAAUUGGUGCUAAAGAUUUGAUGCCGGUUUUCUUCUCGUCGAUUUUAUUUAAUUUAUUUUGUUCAUUCGUAUUAUAUAUUUCUUAGGCGACUUAAUCUCGACACAGGGUUAGAGUAUUAACAUUGCGUGCACCGAAAUACCGUUCUACAUAAUAUUAUAUUAAAUGCCUACACUAGGAUAUGAAAAUUAUGAUAUCUCCGCUAUUACAACAGUUUAUAAUACGCUUUUUAAGACUUUUUAAUACGUAAAAAUAUUCGAAACAAGGAAAUGAACGCUUCAAUAAUUUCGUAUGUUUAAUUUUUUUUUAUGUUUUCCCUAUCGUUUAUAUUUAUUAAAUUAUUAUGUACAUUUUAUUAAUAUUAUUAUUAUUAUUAUUGAAUGAAGACGAAUAUCUCAUACCGCCACCGUCUGUCGCAUUGCUCUCAUAUGAACUCGUCUUUCGUCACACAAACACAUACAUAUAAAACAUGAACAUAAACGCACACUUGUUGAUUGAUUGAGAACAAUCUUUUUUUUUUUUUUGGGUUAGGAUCAGGGUUGUUAUAAUAUACUAUAAUAUGUUGAUAAAUAAUGUUAUAAUAAUAAUAAUAAUGAUUAAUAUUUUAUUAUCAUAUAUAUAUAUAUAUAUAUAUAUAUAUAUCGUAUAGAUCGUAUUCGUAAUUAUUGUCAUCGAUGAAUUAUAAUAUUAUACCACCACUACUGCACAAGAAGUAACAUAACAAUCUUUGUUAAAUGUUGUGAUAACGGCGCAUUAUUCGUUGAAAUUGGAUCAUGAAAUAUCAGGAAAUUAUUUUCAUCGGCUCUUGGUUUUUGUUUACAAUUUUCAUUUAAUUUUUCCAUUCGCCGUAUAGUUUUUUCGAUUAAAGCUCAAUAUUUAGUGUUAACUAUUAUUAAAUUUAUCUCUUUUUGUCUCUCUCCAUCUUUUUUCUCUAUUUUAGCAAACUAUAUUUCUAUAGUAUUAAAAUAGUUUAAUAGUUAUAUACUUGUAGAUCUU